CUCCAUCUUCACAAACACCCCCCCACCUUCAAUUUAGCAAUUCCCUCAUUCCCUCCUCUUCACCAGCCUAUCUCCAGCGCAAGAUGAUAUUUUAAGCUUGAUCAAAAACUGCCACCAUCCCAACCGCCUUGAACAUGCCAAAAGUCAUCAGCUACACUCCUCCCUGGCUUUCGCGCCCUUCGCCCGGUGCCUCCAUCUUCGCCAGCUCCAGCGCAAAGGCCCCCGAAUAUCCCAAGGGCCCCAAGGAUAUCCCCUACUCAGGACCUACGCGCAUUCAGGCCAAGCGCGGGAAUGAGUUGUUCACAGUAGUCGACAACCAAAUCCGCUGGUCCAUCCUCACGAGACUGAAAGACGAUUGGCAACAAACCGCAAGAUCGAAUGGUGCCACGGAGAAGCAGCAGCCUGAGAAUCGCACUGUGCACUACAGGGUUUUAGUGGUGCCGGUUUUCCAGACCAUUCGUCAACUGAUUCCCUCGCCAAAUGGCGCAUUCUUGGCCAUCAUCGCUGAUCACACCGUCUUCAUCGCCGUGCUCCCCGAUCCAUCUCACCUGUCCGGAACAGAUAGCUCUCCCAUCCGGGUGAAAUCGUACCAACUAGGCCCGACGACGCACGUUAUCCCCGAAUCGCCGGUGGUGUCGGCGCUAUGGCAUCCUUUGGGCGUCCACAGCAAUCUCGGAGGUUGUUUUGUGACGGUCACUGCCGACGCCGCGGUUCGGGUGUGGGAGCUGGAUCGCAACAACCACUGGUCAUUUGACCGUCCAACAUUGGCCGUGGACCUGAGGAAGCUGGUGGACGGGAGCUCAUCCGACCAGGACUUUGCGCCUUCGGGAUUUGGGAAGAACAAGGGCUUCUCAGCUGAUUUUAUCGACAUGGAGGUGGCAUCCGCUUCAUUCGGGGGCAGUGGAAAUGAAAAGGAGGACGCCUGGGCACCCAUGACUCUGUGGGUUGCAAUGCGACCCGGCGACCUCUACGCUUUGUGUCCGCUGUUGCCCUCCAAGUGGCGCGCGCCGUCGACGACAGUCCCCUCGCUAACUGCGGCUAUUGUCCCGAAGCUGGCUGCUCUGGAAGAAGACCAGGCGGACUCUCAGGAUGAAUUGACUGCCUGCCGGCAACAGUACGACUGGUUAGCUGAGAUCGACAACCAGGAGCCUUUGCACACGGAGUUUGAUUCGGAGACGGGCUCUGGCUCGGAGGUCCUUACUCGUCCAGCAAACCCAAGCGCCAUCCCGAGAUUGCAGGGUCCGUUCCGGUUCGAUACCAGCGAUGAGAUCGAUGACUUGGACCUUUGCGAUAUCCUUGUCAUGAGUGCCAAAGUCGACCUCGACGCCCUCAUGAUGGGCGAGGAGGAGCUCGCACUGGAAGAGAGCGGUGACGACCGGCUGUCUGCUACCGUCAUCUGUCUUUCGACCGGAAGUGGCAGGAUCCAUAUCUGUCUCGAGCUUGAGGGCAUUGAAGGACAGUGGCUUCCCAAGCCCAAGAAUAACGUGUUUAGCGAUCCUGUCUCCGAACCAUCGGAUCUGCUCCUCGUGGAGUCCUUGGACACAAUGAAGGGGGAACGUACAUCGGCCAACAAUUGGCCCACUUUUACGAAGGACGCCUACUCUCGGUACAGCUUUUUUGUUACAAACACCAACAACGUGACAUUUUUCUCUCUCACUUCCUGGGUUCAGAGGCUCGAGGCGGAACUGCAAUCGGAGGACACCACUGGCAGCGCAUUCCGCUUGCAGAUCCUCUGUGAGGGCGCUGCAGCCUUGAGAGAACGAAUUCUUGAGGUGGAAGGAAACGCCGGCACAAAGAAUCUGACCGGCCACCUGCCGGCUGCUUUGGUGUAUUAUGAUUAUGACCUCGGUUACUUACUGUUGACUUCCCACUCAUCUACUCCUCAUGCCGCCAUCUUGGAUGCUCCCGAGGUGCCUCUUCCCUCGAUUGCUGAUUUGCGACUGUUCGACUCGGAGGAUCAAGCGCCUGGCUCACCCGUCUUGCCCCCUCGUCGGCCCCCGUACCAGGUUCCGGCCAUUUUCUAUGCGGAGCCUCCGUUGGAGUUCUUCGUCGACAAGCAUGUCCCCCAUCGCCAACGUCAAGCUCUGAAAGAACAGGUGCGGCUGUCUCCGGCGACCCUGGACCUGGUUGCCGCUGCGCACCGGAUCUUGUCUGCCCACACCAACGCUCUUGAGCGAGCGGCAUCGGACCUCUUCCGUCGUUGCGAGCGGUUGCAGGGCGAGAUGCGGGAUCAACUGAAGCAACUGGCCGAUGUGGCGGACCGUGUCAAGGGGGUUUCCAGUGAGAUCGCGGAGGACAGCACGCGGAUUGAGGGUUCGCGGAGCGGGGAGGCGUUGGAUAAGAGGCUGCAGACUGCCAAGGACAAGCACACACAGCUGGUGCAGCGGUACGAGGGGUUGCGGAGUAAACUCCUCAAGUCCGGUGGACGGCCGCUGAGCGACAAGGAGAAGUCGUGGGUUGCCGAAGUGGAGACGGUGUCGGCAUCGGUUGGAGAUUCCAGGCAGGAGGACCAGCAGGACGGGGUCUUGACGCAACGACUAGAAGCUGUCAAGGAGAUUGCAGGCGAUCUACUCACGGAGGUGAAGACUCUUGCGGCCAAGUCGCCCAUCAGCGCGGACCCAGGGAGCCCGGCAUCGUCGCCGGGGGCGCAUCCCCGGGUUCCCCAGCGAUUGCAGCGGGCGAAGAUUGCCGACGCCAUGCAGAUGGUGGAGCGCGAGUCUGCUAUCAUCGAGAAUAUCACAUCGCGUCUGGAACGACUCAACACGGCGUUAUGAGCAGUGGGUGGAAUGGAAUCACUUGUGAUACAGUAAUAGUAUAGGAUUAAGACAUGAUGCCGUUGAGCCC